CGCGCGACGAACGCGGCGCCCGCGGCGACGACCGCGCGCGUCGCGCGACGCGCGCGCGCGACGCGGGCGACGCGAACGCUCGCGAACGCGCGCGUCGCGCGCGCGAUGCGAGGCGACGACGCGCGAAGGCGGAGGGUUCGCCGCGAGAGCUCGGCGAGCGGGACGGCGGGCGAGCGGGACGAUCGCGAGGGAAACGCCGCGAGCGAGCGCGACCGGGGAGGUGAUCGCGCGUCGACGUCCGCGCGAUCGUCGAAAGAAGGAUCGUCGUUGGAACGGCAGAUCGCGGUGACGCAAAGAUUGCGCGAGGGGUUCGAGAGAGAUCCGUUUCUGCGCGAGCUCGGGCGGGAGGCGUUCGCGGCGAACGUCGAGUACGACAACGACGUGCACGCCGUGCGCGGAUUGGACGAGUAUCGAGAGCUCAUGGAACACUUUAGCGAUGCGACGAAGUCGGCGUUGAAGGGGUUCAAGUUUGUCACGCGAAGAGCGAGCUCGAUCGAGCCGGGGGUGUUGCUCAUUCAGUGGACGGCGGUGUGGGAGGGCGCGCGAUUUGGCAAGAAGUUUAGUAAUCUCUUGCUCGGUUCCAUGCACGAAGGCGCAGUUCGCAGGAUCGUGGAAGGUGAGUACGGGGAGAAGGUUGCACCGGGAUACCCGGCGACGGCGACGGUGGCGGACGGGAAGGAACCCAGAACCGACUUGAAUUUCCGACUCUUUGGGAGAACGACAUACAAGGUGAACAGGGACGGCCUCAUCGCCAGUCGCUUGGACAGGAUUGAUUUUCGCACCGAUCCCGAGCCUGGAAGUCAAUCUGGAGACGACUUCUUCCCCGAGACGCCCGAAGAAGAGGAAGCGGAGUGGGAGCAACUAGCGGAAGAAACGGCGGUGAACAUGUUUUACAACACUCUCUCGCCGCCGGGGAAAAAUGAAACGUCUUGGUUCCUGGACGUUCUCAUCGAGCUCGAAUGGCAAAGCUUUCAGCGACAGAUGGGAGACACCACCUCGGUGUUGUCCAAGCAAGAAUACGUAUCGGUGAUUUACGCCGUGCUGGCGAGCGCCAUCGCGGCGCCGAUUUUCAUCAUCGUCGGCUUGACGGCGCUCUUGCUGUCGCCCGACCAAGCCGGCGAUCCCGAUUCUUUAGAUGCCGCGAUGACGAUGGGUUCGGACCUCGCAAAACUCGAUACGGGUGCGAAUGGAUCACCCGUGUGGGGUGCGGAUGUUUUCCUCGAUCUUUACAAGGGAAAGAUUGGGGCUUAGUAGCGAGCGACGAAAUUUCGUUUCGGUCCCCGUCGCCGC